AUGAAUAAGAUAUACGGCAAUAAUUUCGAAAGGGAUUACUCGAUUUAUGUAUACGGCAAGAUAUUUGAUUUGAUAGAGGACCUAAAUAGCUACAAUUUAAAAUGUUACAUUAACAAUGAGAAAAAUAUAGAUUUGUGGAAAGAAUUUAAAUACAAGAAGAAAAACAAAUGGCGUUUUAUUUCCACUUUAGAUUAUUAUGGAAAUUUUAAAAAUAUAAAAUGUGAAUUUGAUGUAAUACCAAUAAUAUUCAACAAUGAAUACGAGAUAUUAUACUUAGGAGUUUCGGUGUUUUUUAAAGACAAUUUUUGGGAAGAAUAUAAAAAUGGUAAUUAUAAUUAUAUAGAGCUAUUCAUCUCACAUAUUAAUGUAGGAUACAUACACAAUUUCUCGAAUAGUCAAUAUGAAAAUGGCUGUAAUGUUAUACCUCAGGAUAGUAGCAAACGCAGCAUAUUGAAAUGCCUCAUAAAUUUAGAUUAUUUAAGAAAAUUAUAUAAAGAGGAAAAAUUAAAGAAUUACACCGAUCGAAUUACUAAUACCACAAAUGAUAAUAAUCACAAAGAUAUUAUAAAUUCGUAUAAUUAUUAUAUAGAAAAUAUAAAUACGGAAAAAUAUAGCAAUACAUAUAAUAACAACGUCAACGAUAAUAUAUAUAAACCAUGUUUUGGCAAUAAUUACAAUGUUUUAUAUAAUAAUAAUGGUAUUAUAUUUAACAAUACAAACAAAAAUAUAUAUACACAAAAUGAGGAUGUAAUAAUAAAUACAUUUACUGAUUCUACUAAUCCUAUUCAUAGUCAUGAAAAUGAUGUAUCUAUAUGCAAAAAUGAUACAAGCUAUGAAAGCUCUGAUAGUUAUAUUAUUAAAACAAAUAAUGAAUGCAAUUAUAUUGGCGAUACUCGAUAUAGAAAAAGUUGCUCAGGUGAAUGUAAUUACAUCGCAAACUGUGCUAAUGUUGAUGGGCUCACUACUUCCCAUAUUGACAAUAGUCAAGGGAAACAAAAUAGCUCCCCAAAUGAGCACAUUAAUCAUACGCAUUCCCAAAGAUGUUAUGAUAAUUCUUCAAUUAAUUGUCAAAAUAGUAGUAGCAAUUUAGGAAUUCCUCGUGAUUCUACUUCUGCUUUUCAGGGCAUUCAUAGAAAAAUAAAAAGUGCAGAAGAUUCAUUAUCCGUAUUUAUAAGCAAAACUGAACAAAUCACUUAUAACAACGUCAAAAUGCAUUCAUUUAAAGAAAAUACAGGUUAUCGAUAUGAUAAAGAAUUGAUUAAUUAUGAAUAUUCAUAUAUAAAUAAUGAAAGGAACAAAAUAACUCCUAUCGAUAAAACAGGGAACAAUUAUGAUGGUGCAUUAAUUAAAGAAGGCGCAAAGUCGUAUACUAGUUUACCUAAUAAUAAUAGUAGCAGUUGGAGUAGCAGUUAUGAUAGUGGUGGUAAUAAUAAUAAGGUUUAUAUGAGUUCCCUUGAAAAAAAUGAAAUUCUACUAAAAGCUCAUCAAUAUAUAAUUAAAACCCCUGAAAAAAACAGUAAUGUAAAAUCCGAUCAUGUAACUAAUUGUUCAGGGGAUGAAACAUUGCAUUAUAAUAAAAAUGAUCACAUUCAAUGUGGUAUUACCACUACUUUGACUGAUACAAAUGUACGUAUAAACCAAAAAUCCGAAUUUAAAAGAAAUGUUUAUAUAUGUAAUGAAAAUAUAAGCGAAAAAUCAAAUAAUAUACCUUGUGAUAAUUAUAUAAACGAAAAUAAACAAAACAAAGAAAACGAAAAAUGGAAGAAUUUCAAAUCAGGAUUUUUUAGUUCCAAAGGCAAUAGAACAUAUAAUGAAGAUAGAGUGGUAACAAUUUCGAGCAUAUGUGAUUUUAUACACAAUGAAUGUAAAAAUUUGUUCGAUAAUUGUAAACAUCAUGAUGCUGAUACCAAUGCUACUGAAGAACUAUAUUCUGAUGAUUAUCUUAAUAGAGAAUAUUUUGAUCAUCUAUUUAAAUCAACAGAUACCGAAAACAACAAUAUGCUUAAUAACCCAUAUAUGUAUUGUGCAAUAUAUGAUGGGCACAAUGGUGAAAAUGCUGUAAAUAUAAUUCAAAAAUUAUUACAUAUACAUGUAUAUUCCUAUUAUAUAAAUGGUAACAGUAUAUGUAAUGCACUUAAAUAUGGUUUUCAAAGAAUGGAUGAACAUUUGUGUAAAAAGUCAGCGAACAGCAGAGAAAAUAAUCAUUCGGAUUUUUCGAGUGGUAGCACUGCUUGUGUUAGUGUUAUAUUAAACAAUAUGGUUUAUAUAGCAAAUAUAGGGGAUAGUCGCUGUGUCUUAAGUAAAAAUGGUCGUGCUGUUGUAAUAACAGUAGAUCAUAAGGCAAGUAUAAAUAAAAAGGAAGAACAACGAAUUAUAAAUUCAGGUGGAAUAUUAGACCAAGAAGGAUAUUUAGGUGGAUGCUUAGGAGUAUGUCGAGGUUUUGGAUCUUUUGAUAAAAAAACUAACGAAAAGUUAAAAGGAUUAAUUUGUGAACCAGAUAUAUUUCAAAUAAAAUUAACGGAUGAUGACGAAUUUUUAAUAAUUUGCUGUGAUGGGAUAUUCGAUGUAAUGACUUCACAAGAAGCUGUUAACACAGUUAGGACAUCAUUAGUAGAAAAUAACAAUCCUAAUGUUGCAGCUGAAGCAUUAUGCCAAUUGGCAUAUAAAAGAAAAUCCCUUGAUAACUUAUCAGUUGUCAUUAUAAUAUUCCAAAAUCCUGAACAUAAAAAGAAAGAGAAUAUCAGUGCAAAUGCAUACACUGGUCAAACAGGACGCUUUAGAAGAAGGAUAAAAUUUUCUGCCCUGGAAAACUUAAUUAGCCCUUAG